GUUCCCCUUCCUCUCUUAAAUCCUCGCCUUACUCUUUUUCCUUUCCUCUGCUUUAAAAGGUUACUCAAUCCGCUCAAGAUGGCACCUAGCGACCUCGUCCAUAUUGUGCCGCUGCUCGCCGUUGAAUAUCCUAUCCGCUUCCUCGCGUUCCUAGCUACGAUCAUACCUAUCCUGUACAUAAUAGUUAAUGAAUUUGUCCGAGAGCAGGCUCGGGUGAAGGGUUUAAGUGGUCCCGCGGGAUAUCCUUUGAUUGGAAACCUAUGGCAGAUCCGUACCAAUGCUGCAGAGAAAUAUCGUCAAUGGGCAAAGAAGCAUGGCGCUGUUUAUCAAAUCCAACUAGGAAAUAUCCCGGUAGUUGUCGUAAAUUCAGCCGCAGCCGCCAAGACCCUCUUUGGACAGAAUGCUCAGGCACUGAGUUCGAGGCCGGAAUUCUACACAUUCCACAAGGUGCUUUCGAACACAGCUGGAACCACUAUUGGGACAUCGCCAUACAGUGACUCGUUGAAGCGGCGAAGAAAGGGCGCUUCUGCUGCUCUCAAUCGACCUUCCAUCCACACUUACGUUCCCCACCUUGAUCUUGAGAGCAAGGACUUCUUGGUGGAAUUAUUAAAAUAUGGAAAGCAAGGCACGGUGCCAGUUGACCCAAUGCCAAUGAUCCAGCGAUUGAGUCUAAGCUUAGCUCUCACUAUCAAUUGGGGAAUUCGUAUGGAGAGCCAAGAAAGCGCACUAUUUGACGAGAUCACACACGUCGAGGAUGAAGUAAGUAGAUUCCGUUCAACCACCGGAAAUCUUCAGGACUACAUUCCUCUUCUGAGACUUAACCCCUUCAACCUUGGCUCAAAAAAGGCCCGUGAGAUGCGAGGUCGACGGGAUGUCUACUUGAAGGCAUUGAACCAAGGGCUGGAAGACCGCAUGGAGAAGGGCACACACGCGCCAUGCAUCCAGGCAAAUGUCAUUCUUGAUCAAGACGCCAAGCUCAACAACGAGGAGCUCACAUCGAUCAGUCUCACUAUGCUCUCCGGAGGGCUUGAUACGAUCACGACACUUCUGCAGUGGUCCAUUGCGUUGCUGGCUCAGCGAGAGGAUAUUCAGCAGAAAGCCUGGAAGGAAAUUUCAGAGUUUUAUUCAGUCGAUCAACCCUUGUGUGAUGCCUUGGACGACCAAAAGUGCCCAUAUAUCGUGGCUCUUGUCCGAGAGUGCCUGAGAUAUUAUACCGUCCUGCGCCUGGCUCUGCCUCGCGUUUCCAUUAAGGAUGUUACUUACGAAGGCAUCGUGUUGCCAAAAAGAACAGUAUACUUCCUUAAUGCAUGGGCGUGCAAUAUGGAUGAGGCCGUUUGGGCCGACCCCGAGGAAUUCCGACCCGAAAGAUGGCUUGAGCAGCCUGAUGCCCCGCUGUUCACGUACGGCCUAGGUUAUCGAAUGUGUGCAGGAUCACUUCUGGCGAACCGUGAACUAUACCUGGUUUUCAUCCGCAUGCUCAACACAUUCCACAUCCAGAAGUCUGACGACGUCGAUUGCCAUCCCCUUUCGGGCAUUUCAGACCCUACGAGUCUCGUAUCAAUGCCGAAAAGAUACAAGGCAAAGUUUGUACCAAGGAAGCUAGAUGCAUUGGAGAAGGCACUCAAAGACUUCAAGGUUGUCGAUGUUGAGAAAUGAUGCUGCUGUUAGAAGUGCCUCUAUGCACCAGGUCGAGCUUUUAUGAAUAGGCAGGUGCCAUUCAAUGCCAGUUAUCCCCAUGCAAGUCAUGAGGGGCCAGGAUAGUAACAUGGGAUAUCAACAGGGCUGGCUGGUGUUUGCGCUAGCGAUGGCGGGGUUGAUCUUGUCAGGUGGGGACAACACAACAUCUUGAAUCAUAUACCUUUAGUAAUCCAUCUUGCUGAUUCAAAUGCUAUCUCUUCACUCUCUUGG